GUUUCCGGCAGGCCCCGGCUGCUGAAAGCCGGGGCAGACGUGCUGCUCCCGGUCCGGGUUCUUGUCCCGGUCCCGCCCAGGCGGCGACUGUGGUUUGAGAAAGGAGGUGUCGGACGCGCUGGCCCACCGCCGCUGUACACUGCAGCCUUAUCUCAGCUCAAAAUGAACUAUAUGCCUGGCACCGCCAGCCUCAUAGAGGACAUCGACAAAAAGCAUUUGGUCCUGCUUCGAGAUGGAAGGACGCUCAUAGGUUUUUUAAGAAGCAUUGAUCAAUUUGCUAAUUUAGUGCUACAUCAGACUGUGGAGCGUAUUCAUGUGGGCAAAAAAUACGGUGAUAUUCCUCGAGGGAUUUUUGUUGUCAGAGGAGAAAAUGUUGUCCUACUAGGAGAAAUAGACUUGGAAAAGGAGAGUGACACACCCCUCCAGCAAGUGUCUAUUGAAGAAAUCCUAGAAGAACAAAGGGUAGAACAGCAGACCAAGCUGGAAGCCGAGAAGCUGAAAGUUCAAGCUCUGAAGGAUCGGGGUCUCUCCAUUCCUCGGGCAGAUACUCUUGAUGAGUAUUAAGUCACCUGCUCAGAGGCCAUUGCUCUUGGGGAGCAGGGGCUGUCACCAAAUGAAAGUGACAUCUGGUCACCUCACACAUUUGACUAGAGACUAGAGUUUUGAAAAAUUCUUUUUAUUUUGAAUUCUUUCACAUGUACAACAUGAAGAAAACACGUGGCUUUUUUUUUUUUUCCUUUUUAAUGACAAAAAUCAUUGUUUAAAAAAAAAUCAGUGGCAAGGACUCCUUUCACACACCACUGUGGAGCAGGCAACUACUUCUUUAUAUUGCUCUUCGUGUCCCCAAUUAGCGUUCACAGAAGACAUUCUUCAUUUACUUGUAAAUAAAAUAAAAGUCUCAAAACUUGUGUUAUUUCCUAA